AUGUCGCCCGAGCAGCUCGAGGGGGUGCGUAGGCUCGACGCGGAGCAGCUGGCGAGCACUGUUGUAGAUGUGUUUUCGUCUGAGCAAAAGCUGGAGGAGCUGGAGGACGGGCCUAGCGCACGCAUGCUGUCAAUAGACUUUUGGAGACAAUAUGAAGUUCUUCUUUGCGGCCGUCCGGCAGCAGGCUCGGGACCGCUAGCGCAGCACGGUUCCAGAUCUCGAGUCGUAUAUCAUCAUGAGAAGGGACACAAGCGUGUGCAGGCCUUCCUUCGACCUGAUCGAAUACGCUAUGGGGAUCGAACUUCCCCAGAUAUCUACUCCUUCAACAAUGAGCAAGCACGUGGAGACACUCACAAUAUGAUCGCGAUCCUUAUUAAUUCCCAAGGACUGGGGAUGCAAGACGCGAUCGAUUACGCCGGCGAUCUAUGCAAGCAAACAAUGAAUGUUUUCACGGAAAACAAGGACCUCUUCCCAUCCUGUGGCGCGGCUGUUGAUGCCGACGUUCAAGUCUACGUCCAGGGGUUGCAGGACUGGAUUGUUGGUAAAUUGCAUUGGAGCUUUGUUACCGAACGCUAUUUCGAAAAGCGAGGCGCCGAGAUCAAGGCGACGCGCGUCUUGGAACCAUAUAACAUCGGAUCCAACAUUGAUCUCUGUGUUGCACCCCUCCCUCCCGGUAUUUGA